GCUCACUUUGCCACCCACUGCGUAUGUGAAGUCCUGUAGUCACUUUAACUUUUUCAAGCAGGGAAAAAUAUAAGGAAAUUACUAGUAUCAUCAACUGGAUAUAAAACUCUCAAGGUAAUUUUCUGUUAUCACAGAAUGAUGUUAAAUCUGGUAAUACCUUUUUCCUUUUGGUAUGAAAAUGCUAAGACUUCCAGAUUUAAAUAACUUACACUUUGAUAUGUUUCUACCUGAAAAUGCUGCAGAUCAGAAGGUUAGAACUGAAAUGGGGGAAAUGAAGGAAAGAACUUGUUUAGAUUCUCCGAAUCCCAACGCCUCAUCACAAAUAGCCAACGAAUUUUGUGACAAUCUGCAAAUCUACAUGGUUCUGACAAACCUGGAGAAGAAAGCCAUUGGCACCAUUUGUUUCCUGGGUGGUCCGAUAACCCUGAUGGAGAACAUCCUUGUCCUUGGAGUUAUUGUCACCUCGGCAAUGCUGAGACAGAAGCCCUCUUAUCUGUUCAUUGGCAGCCUUGCUCUGGCAGAUAUCUUCGCUAGCUGCUUCUUCACCACAAGUUUCCUGGACUUUCAUCUCUUCUGCCGCUGUGAUGGUCCAACUGCAUAUCUCUUCAAGUUAGGAGGGGUUACCAUGGCCUUCAGUUCUUCAGUUGGGAGCUUACUGCUAACUGCACUGGACCGAUACCUCUGCAUCCACCAGGCGUCCAGUUACAAGGUACUGCUAACCCGCCGAAGGGCCCUACUGAGUCUCCUGAUUCUCUGGAGCAUCACCAUCUUCAUCUCCUCCUUGCCGCUUAUGGGCUGGAGGUGCCCUACAGUGCUUAACCCUCCGUGCUCACUCUUGUUCCCCUUCAUCAGUCAAGGCUACUUGGCCUGCUGGACUACCUUUAUCCUGAUACUUCUCACAUUAAUUUUGGUAGCCUACGCCCUGAUCCUGUGGAAGGCUCACCGUCAUGAAUCUUCCAUGACCAGCCUCCAGGGGGCAGCAGGUGCCGGUCAGGCCCGCAUGAGAAUGGAUAUUCGGCUGGCUCGUACUUUUGGUUUGAUUCUCCUCAUACUGGUGGGGAGCUGGCUCCCUGUACUUAUCUUCAUGCUGGUUGAUGUCUCUAUAGUCUUGACUCCUACCCAGCAGAGAGCUUUUGCCUUUUGCAGCACCCUUUGCCUACUGAAUUCUGCAGUCAACCCACUGCUUUAUGCCCUGAGGUGCAGAGAGCUAAGAAUUGCUCUGCUGCAGUGUCUACAAAGGUCAUGUGGUUUCUUGAAGUGUAAAAACUCUACAAAUGACUUACAUCUCACAGGACAUUCUGCAGAAGACAACUGUGCUACAGUUUCUGAUGACACUCUGGCAGUGAGAACCCCUCAACUCGACUCAGUCUGUGAAAUAGUGAACAAUAAGUCGAGUUAAAUAAACACAGUGGAACAUUGUAAUAAAUUAGCAGCUCCGAUGGACGAAGACUUGAAGGUGCUGAUGAAGGACUGUAAAACCAUCACACAAUGUAAUGAUUUAAAUACUUUGAUAAAAAAUGAAAUAUACAAAAUACAACCUUACAUUUUUAUUGUAGAUAUUUUUCGUAUUAAAGACAAAAUGACUGUCAGUGACAUUUUAUUAUUCAUUGUUUUAUUUUUCUUAGAACAAUGAAACUAGAUUCAAUGCAUAAUUAAUAAGGUAAUAAGCAAACAGAUUUAAAUCUGGCACUGAAAAAAAAACCCAAUAUAAUAUGACCAAAGCAGAACACAAAUGGAGCUAAAACGCCUGUCUUCGUCAGACCAGGGAAACUGGACAGAAUUGAUGACGAUAGAUAAUGCUAAACACAAACCAAUGUUGGAAGAAAAAAAUGUGUGUGGUUAUAGACUGGUGUAGAUGUUUUUGUCUCCAACAAGAUGAAAUGGUUUAAAUCAGAGGUGCUAAAAUCCAGUCCUCAAGAGCCACUAAUCUGCAACAUUGCUACUCCAACCCACCUGAAUAAAAUGAAUUGCUCAUUACCAGGCCUCUGUCGAGAUGAUGUUAACUGGAGCUAGUAAAAAACUCCAUUAUUUUUACUAAUGCUUGGCAAUAUUGUUGAGGCAAUAUAUAGGACACUGCAAAUGUGUGAGAAUGUAAUCCGGUCAGAUGAAACAAAAAAUUUACUUGAGAAACAUGCAUGAAAGAAAACUAAGAUUUAGAAAUGCAGUGAAACAUGGUAGUAGCAGUAUCAUGCUGUGGGGUCAUAUUUUUUUUUAGUCGGGACAGGAAAGUUGAUUCAAGCUAAAUGGAAUGAUUCAAUACAUAGAACUAAGCACGAUAAAAUCCUGGAAAAAAUAAUGAGAGGCAAGAGAACACUUGCUAAAAUCAGUUCAGUUAGAAAAUAAACAGAAGAAUUCAAAGGUUAAGGGAUUUGUGUUGCUGGUGAAAAAGCAUUUUAAAACACUGCUGUAAUGAUCAUGGUAAAUCAAGAAUGACAAUUCCAAUUGAAGUCUGGCAUUUCUGCCUUUCCUAAUAAAAGACUGUGAAUAUAUUAAAUUGUGUGUAACUUGUAUUUAAGCAAAUUGUAAUUCCAGUAAAGUUAUAAUGUUACAUUAACCGUGGACCUUUAUUUUGUUUCAAGAAAGACAUAAUAAGAAUUUGCUUUUCUUGUUUAUUGUAGAAUUUUCUGUACAUGGUUCCAUGGAACUAAAACGGUGCUGGUAGAAAUGUUGUAAAUACUUCAAUAAAAGCAAAGAAAAAGA